AUGCCCGGAGAGCUCCUCGUAUCAUCCGCGCCAAUGGAGGUCGACUCUGCAUCCAGCAGCAGCACUACAACGCUCACGCUCCAAAAGAAGCUUGCCGGAAAUGUCGCGAAGAACACGAUCGAUCUGUACCUGAUCUCCGAUGAGGACGCGCAUUACGAGCAGGAGAUCCUGCGGGAUCCCUACUCCUCGCUGAAGCCGUGGAUGAGGUAUAUCGAGUACAAGAUGAAGACCGGCAGCAUCCAGGAGCAGGUCUUUGUCUUUGAGAGGGCUUGUAAAACGCUCCCGAGGUCGUAUAAGUUAUGGAAAAUGUAUCUUGAUAUUAGAGUUAAGCACGUCUCGCCCCUUAACCCGGCUAGGUAUAGAGCGGAGUAUGAGAAGGUCAACGAUUGCUUUGAGCGCUCACUUAUCCUGCUCAACAAGAUGCCCCGCAUCUGGACCGAUUACCUCUCUUUCUUACUCAAGCAGUGCCAUGUAACCAAGACCAGACGUACCUUCGACCGUGCCCUCCGUGCCCUCCCCCUAACUCAACACAACCGCAUCUGGGCCCUCUACAUUCCCUUCGCCAACUCGGCCUCCGGAGAAACCGCUAUCAGGAUAUGGAGGCGGUACAUGCAGGUGCACCCGGAGGAGGCCGAGGAAUUUAUCGAGCUGUUGGUCGAGAUGGGGCGGUACGAGGAGGCAGCGCAGAAGUGGAUCCAGGUUUUGGACAACCCAAACUUCCGCAGCAAGCAGGGAAAGAGCCAUUUCCAGAUGUGGAGCGAGCUGUGCGAUCUCCUCGUUGACAAUGCAAGGGAGAUCAAGAACAUCGAUGUGGAGAAGAUUGUCCGGAGCGGGAUUGGAAAGUUCAGCGACCAGCGGGGGAAAUUGUGGACGUCGCUGGGAACUUAUUGGAUCUCAAAGGGCGACUUUGAAGCUGCUAGAGAUGCGUUCGAGGAGGGUGUUACUACCGUCAUGACUGUGCGCGACUUUACGCAGAUUUUCGACUCGUACACCGAGUUUGAGGAGUCCGUUAUUGGGACUUUAAUGGAGGAUGCUGCUGAGCGGCAGAUAAAGGGGAAGGUUGACGAAGAUGCGGAUUUCGACCUUGAUAUCCGCAUGAUGCGCUUUGAGCAGCUAAUGGACCGACGACCGUUCUUGGUUAACGAUGUGUUGCUAAGACAGAAUCCCAACAACGUUAUUGAGUGGGAGAAGCGGGUUGCGCUUUGGGGUGAUAACAAGACGCAGAUUGUGCAGACAUACACCGAUGCCGUGGCAGCCGUUAGCCCGAAAAAGGCGGUGGGACAAUUCCACUCGCUUUGGGCUGGGUACGCUAAAUUCUACGAGAAGCACGGGGAUAUUAGGCAGGCACGGAUGAUCAUGGAGAAGGCCGUUCGAGUCCCGUUCAAGUCGGUACAGGAACUUGCAGAAAUGUGGGUGGAGUGGGCCGAAUUGGAGCUCCGUAAUGAUAACUUUGACGAGGCCGUCAAGAUUAUGGCUAAGGCUACUCAGGCGCCAAAGAGAAGCACGGUCGAUUACUUUGACGAGACAUUGACUCCGCAGCAGAGGGUGCACAAGAGCUGGAAGCUGUGGAGUUUCUACGUUGACCUGGUGGAGAGUGUUAGCUCAUUGGAGGAGACAAAGAAGGUCUAUGAGAGGAUUUUUGAGCUCAGGAUUGCGACACCACAAACUGUUGUGAAUUAUGCUAAUCUUCUUGAGGAGAACAAGUAUUUUGAGGAGAGUUUCAAGGUUUACGAACGAGGAUUGGAUCUAUUUUCCUACCCCGUUGCAUUCGAACUAUGGAACUUGUACCUCACCAAGGCCGUCAACCGUCAAAUCGACAUUGAGCGACUCCGCGACCUCUUCGAGCAAGCCGUCGAGGGCGUCCCACCCAAGUUCGCAAAGGUUCUCUACCUUAUGUAUGGCAACCUCGAAGAGGAGCGCGGUCUCGCUCGCCACGCAAUGCGAAUCUACGAACGCGCCACUCGCGCCGUUGCCGAUGAAGAUCGCUUUGAGAUGUUUGACUUUUAUAUUACUAAGUCUGCCUCUAACUUUGGUCUUACUUCUACGAGACCCAUCUAUGAACGUGCCAUCGAAGCACUUCCCGACAAGGAGGCUAAGGAAAUGUGCCUCAAAUUCGCUGAGAUGGAGCGCCGCCUUGGCGAGAUUGACCGUGCCAGAGCAAUCUACGGCCAUGCAUCCCAGUUCUGUGAUCCCCGUAUCAGCCCAGAGUUCUGGAGCAAGUGGGAGAGCUUUGAGAUCCAGCAUGGUAAUGAGGACACGUUUAAGGAAAUGCUUAGAAUCAAGAGAAGUGUGCAGGCACAGUAUAACACCGACGUUAACUUCAUUGCAUCCCAGGCCUUGGCAAGAGGGCAGCAGAAGGGCGCACAGGAUGAAGAUGACGAGGAUGAUGAGAAGGCUGAUGCCAUGGCUGCGCUUGAGAGGGAGGCGAGAGCGCCACAGGGCUUUGUGGCUGCAAAGGAGGGCAAUAUUGUCCCAAGUGCGCCCAAGAAUGCACCAAAAGUUGAUAGCAACCCAGAUGCUAUUGAUCUAGAUAUGGAAGGCUAG